AUGAUAGCAGCCGAAAGGGACUUUGUAGCAAUACUAUUAGAGGUACUAAAUCUAACAGUGGUUCUGGUUUCAAUCUACUCUCCACCAACAGAAGAAGCAGACCCCACAUUAGAACGCAUACAACGAUUGAUGAGAUCGCACCGAAUAGCUAACAUACUAUUUGCUGGAGAUUUUAACGCACACAGCACCACCUGGGGCUAUGCAAUCACAGCUCCUAAAGGCCGCAUACUCGAGGACUUUGUUCACAGCAGUAACCUCGUAAUUCACAAUCGUUCGGAUGCACCGCCUACAUUCAAUAGACUACACUCGCGCGGCUGGCCAGACCUUACCAUCACCACCCAACAGAUGGCACCCAUACUGCAAGACUGGACAGUCGUCGAAAACCUUAGUAUCUCCGACCAUAAUUAUAUACGGUUUAAUCUAGCAAAUAGCACAGCCACCUCUAUUCUUAAACGGUACAAUCUCCCUGGACGGAAAGUUCGAGCAUUCACAGCCAUCAUUAGAGCCCGUCUGGCACCUUUUGCAACCGCAAUAAGACAGGCCAACAGCAAAGAGGCCCUCCAGAACCUCACCCAAGACAUCUUAACCGCAAUCCAGAAGGCAUGUGAUGAAAAUCUCCCCCUGCGCACGGCCAAAAGAAUCACAACGCUGAAUUGGUGGAAUGGCACGCUUCGAAGUCAACAACAACGGUGUCGUGCUCUACGGCGACGCCUAAAGCAAGAGCGCAGACAUAACCUAGAAACCUUCCACCCUGCUCAUUUACCAACGGGAGCGAGCACUCUAUAA